UAUGUACCUUUAGUUAAGCGAAAGAUCUCUGUUGCAACGGACUGACGUUACGGAUGGCAACGGUAUUUGCGUACGAUUUUCUUGGAUUAUUUGAGUUUUUUGUUUCUGUAGUUCUUUCUACAUGAAAUUUAUAAUUGUUUGCCUUUUAUGCUCUCAACAAAAACAAACGAAAUAAAGUGUAAUAAUUGGAAAAAAUCAUUAAAACCAGAAAAAGUAAACAAAUUUAUUAAAUGUUUUGUGUUUCAAAUAGAAAAAAAUAAUUAAUAAUUUAGAGAAAUAAAAACAAAACUACUUAAGAAAUGGAUACAACAAAUAUCAAGAGGAUUAUAAAACCGUUAAUUUUACAAUAAAAUAAAAACAACAAAUACCUAUGUAAAGCAGUGUAAAACAAUAAAUUACUAAAAGAUCGAAAGAAAAAGGUUUCAUAUUGAAACAAACACAUUAUUACAAAAGGAGUCGAGUUUUUGAAUAAUAAAAAAAUAAUAGAAAAAGAAAACAUAGUAUAAAAUAACAAAAUAUAAUGAAAAAUAAGAAUAAAAUAUAAAUAAGAAAAUAUAAAAAUAAUAUAAUAACGACAAGAAAUAAAUGAAGAAGUGCAUUGAAAAUAUAAGAAAGAAAAGAAAAACAACAAGUCAACAAGUUUGAGACCAGUUUAAAUAAAGUGAAACGUGCAUAAAAAAGGGGUUUAAACCCGAGUGUGUGAGUUUGUAUAAGAAAACAAUUUUUUUGUUCCAUAAAAAUACAAGAAGCCAUUUUGUUAUUUUCCCAAGAAGAAAAAAAUCUAUAAAAGAAUUUAUGAAAAAAGAGGUUGUAUUUUGUUUAAGGAAACUCAAAUAAAAAACAUUAUGACCUAAAAAUAGGAAAAGUAUUUUUUUUUUGUAAUAAUUGAAAAAAGCUUUGAAAAACAUAAUGGCUAGCAAAAUGUCACUAAAAACUUAGCAGUGAGUGAGUGGUUUCUUUAAUCUAAACCAUAAAUUUAAUACUACCAACUAAAAUUAAUGUAUUAAUAAAUUACAUUAUUACAAAAUAUAGUGCAAUAAAUUUUGUAAAAAUAUCUAACUGAAAUAGCAACAUCAACAACAACCACAACAGCACCUAGUGUUUAACAACAACCACCUAAAUAAAUGUUUUAACAAGUUUCAAACUAUUUAAAAGCUUUAAUUUUAUUUCAAACGAAAAUUAUUCGUUUUUUAUUUUCAUUAUUAAAAAUUUUGUUUUUAACAUUAAACUGAACUGAAUUUUUAAAUUUAUAAACUAAUCUAAGACUAGAGUAUGAAUAAAGUGCAACUUCGACUGAAAUUAUCCUUUACCUAUCGUCUCUCUGUCAUUUGUGUUUAAAUUGCAACAAACAAAACCAAACGUUUGCAAACAAUUUCAGCAACAUUAACCUCGAAUAUAGACAGAGUGAGUUUGAAACCAACUGCAAACAUAUUCAAAAUAUUCUCUGUUUUGCGGCAUAAACUUUCGACUGCAAUAGACAGCGGCAUUUGUUGUCAUCAUCAUUAUUAUCUGCCGCAUCAACCAGCAGCAUCAUUUUUAGCAUUGUUUGACAUCUAACAAUUUUACUCAACUUUUGCAACAACAAAUCGCAGAGAUUUGUACUAUAGCAACUGCAGCUAAAACUAAUAUUACUACAACAAAAUUAGCAACUUUUUAAAGCCCCGUACAACAACAUGAUGGCAACUUGGAAAUACUUUUUGAUCGCUUUAACUGUUCUUUCGUUAACACUGGCAGAUGAAUCUCUAGAUACACGAGAAAAUACAGAUCUCACAUUAAAAUGUCGUUUUACAGAGCAAUACGAUGCUGAGGAUUUCUCAUUUUACUGGGCAAGAUGGACGGCGAAUCCGGUACAAUUUGAAAAUGUUGCCAUCGGUGAUGUGCAAUUAAAUUCAGGUUAUCGGCUUGAUUUUCGUCCUAAGAGUGGCAUUUACGAUUUGCAAAUUAAAAAUGCUUCAUACAAUCGUGACAAUGGUCGCUUUGAGUGCCGUGUUAAGGCCAAAGGCACAGGAGCCGAUGUGCAUCAGGAAUUUUAUAAUUUAACUGUACUUACACCACCACAUCCGCCCGUUAUAUCACCUGGCAGUAUUGCCAUUGCUACCGAGGACAAAGCCAUGGAAUUGACUUGCAGUAGUAUUGGUGGUUCACCCGAUCCCAUGAUAAGCUGGUAUCGCGAGGGCAACAAUGCUUUACUGCAAGCUGUUGUACUUAAAGGAGGCUCAAAGGAUCAACCCACCAAUGCAACACUAUCCAUUCUACCACGUCGCGAGGAUGAUGGUGCCAAAUAUAAAUGUGUUGUUUGGAAUCGUGCCAUGAAUGAGGGACAGCGCUUGGAAACCACAGCCACGUUAAAUGUUAAUUAUUAUCCACGCGUUGAAGUUGGUCCAGAGAAUCCACUGCGUGUGGAACGUGAUCGUACUGCCAAAUUGGAGUGUAAUGUUGAUGCUAAACCUAAGGUACCUAAUGUACGUUGGACACGCAAUGGUCGGUUCAUUAGCUCCAGUCUUACUCACACAAUACAUCGUGUAAGCAUACAAGAUGCUGGUAAAUAUACAUGCUCGGCCGACAACAAUUUGGGUAAAACGGGAGAGCAGGAACUGAUAUUGGACAUUUUGUAUCCACCCACUGUAGUUAUUGAGUCGAAAACACGUGAAGCGGAAGAAGGCGAUACAGUCAAUAUACGUUGUAAUGUCACAUCUAAUCCGGCACCCAUAACUGUGGAAUGGCUUAAGGAAGGUUCUCCUGAAUUCCGUUACUCCGGUGAUGUUUUAACUUUAUCUUCGGUGAGAGCAGAAAAUGCUGGCAACUAUAUUUGCAGAGCCGUAAAUAUUAUACAUUCACAUGGUCAAGAGAGAAGUGAACGUAUUGGAAAUUCUACUGUAGCCCUGUUGGUACGUCAUCGUCCUGGUCAAGCUUAUAUUACACCCAAUAAGCCGAUUGUGCAUGUUGGAAAUGGUGUCACCUUAACAUGUUCGGCAAAUCCUCCCGGCUGGCCUGUUCCCCAAUAUCGUUGGUUCCGUGAUAUGGAAGGUGAAUUUUCUGCCACACAGAAAAUCUUGGCUCAAGGUCCACAGUAUUCCAUACCCAAGGCACACUUGGGCAACGAGGGCAAAUAUCAUUGUCAUGCCGUUAAUGAAUUGGGUAUUGGUAAAAUGGCCACCAUAGUUUUGGAAAUUCAUCAACCUCCACAGUUUUUAGCCAAACUGCAACAACAUAUGACCCGCCGUGUUGCUGAUACCGAUUAUGCUGUAACAUGUAGCGCUAAAGGUAAGCCAGCACCCACCGUGAGAUGGUUAAAAGAUGGCGUGGAGAUUCUGCCGGAAUUAAAUUUGUACGAAGUAGUAACAAAUCCCGAUCAAGGUCCCAAUGGCAUGGUAACUGUUCAGAGCAUGUUGAAAUUCCGCGGUAAAGCCAGACCCAAUAGCAAUCAAUUAGUGCCCAGCGACAGAGGUCUUUACACUUGUUUGUAUGAAAACGAAGUAAACUCAGCCAACUCGAGUAUGCAAUUACGUAUUGAACAUGAACCAAUUGUUUUGCAUCAAUACAACAAAGUGGCUUUCGAUAUACGCGAAACCGCUCAAGUGGUGUGUAAAGUACAAGCCUAUCCCAAACCAGAGUUCCAAUGGCAGUUUGGCAAUAACCCUUCACCUUUAACCAUGUCUUCGGAUGGUCACUAUGAAAUCAGUACCACUACCGAUAACAAUGAUAUCUAUACCUCCGUUUUACGUAUUAAUUCAUUGACUCACGCCGAUUACGGUGAAUAUACUUGCCGUGUUGUAAACUCUUUGAAUACGAUCAGAGCACCCAUACGUCUUCAACAAAAGGGUGCUCCAGAAAAGCCCACUAAUACACGUGCCACAGAUGUAGGUUCAAAUUAUGUUACUCUAGCUUGGGAUCCCGGUUUUGAUGGUGGCAUUAGUAAUACACAAUUCUUUGUUAGCUACAGACGCGUACCCAUGCCGAGGGAGGAACAGUUAAUACCGGAUUGUGCUACUCUAGCUACUAGUAAUACAGAAUGGAUGGAAUUCGAUUGCCACCGUGAUAAUCCUUGCAAAGUGACGCCUUUAGAUCAACAUCAAAGUUAUGCUUUUAAAGUGAACGCUUUGAAUACCAAGGGCAACUCACCUUACUCUAAUGAUAUUUCUAUCACCACUAAAGUAAGCAAAAUACCACCUCCUCUACAUGUGACAUAUGAUCCCAAUUCCCGUACCUUGGGAAUAAAUGUUGGUGCUACCUGUUUGUCUUUAAUUGCUGUGGUAGAGUCAAUGGUGAAUAGUGAUACACCCAUGGCAGCUUGGGAAGUUAUAGAUCAAGUGAAUUUGCAAUUGUCCGGCAACGGUCCUACCUUUAAAGAAACCGUACUGGAUCGUUUGAUUGCACCUCGUCGUAGCACAGCUGGCAGAGCUUUAGGCCAUUCCGUGAACGAGGAUGAUGAUGAUAGCAUGAACUCUUUGGCUUUGGAAGAUGAGAACAGUCCUACUGUUCGCGUCAAAUUAUGUCUGCGUUCCAAUCAUGAACACUGUGGUGAAUACGCAGAUGCUGAAAUUGGUCGCUCUUAUAUUGCCGAAGCCUCCGCCUUGGCCACACCUACUUUAAUCGCUAUAAUUGUUUCAUGCAUUGUUUUUGCCUUGUUUGUUGGAUUGCUGUUGAUGUUCUGUCGUUGCAAACGCAAUCAAUCGAAAAAGAGUGCUGCUGCCAAGGAUUACGAAAUGGAUUCUGUCCGGCCGUCCAUUGUUGCUGCUCAACAGAGUCAAGCGCCACCACCUUACUAUCCAGCAAGUGGUUUGGACAACAAAGCUCUUGAACACUCUAUGGAUUUGGCAUUGAGUAUGGAGGAGCAAAAGAGUGCCUUGUAUGCCACACAAAAUGGUUACAGUUAUCAUCCCAGCACAGGUGUGGUUGGUGGUGGUAUCGGUAUACCCGGUCAUACGAUACCUGGCAAUGAAUGGGUAAAUAUGGGUUAUAUCGAAAACAACUAUUCGAACUCGAACAAUGGUGGCAGUGUCAAUUCACAGGACUCUUUGUGGCAGGUGAAAAUGUCAGGCGCCGCAGGUAAUCAACAGAAUAUGAUGCCAGUAUCGCACAACAAUUAUGUUGAACAACAGCCCACCUAUGGCUAUGAUCCAUUGACACAUGGUGGUUAUGGCGGCGUCGACGAUUAUGCACCCUAUCCACAGCUGACAGCAACACCCAGCCAACACGGUGAUGAAUAUCAUAAUUUACGCAAUAGCCAAAAUCCAUCUAGACAAGAUUACUGCAGUGAUCCAUAUGCAUCAGUGCAAAAGCCUAAAAAACGUGUUGACCAACAUUUAGAUUCACCAUAUCAUGACGUAAGUGGCCUGCCAAAUCCAUACAAUAUGGAACACAUGGAUCAAGAUGAAGUUAUAUCACCACAACAGCACAUGUCUCUUAGUUACGAUGACAGUUUCGAGGGUGAAUACUCGUCAACACCAAAUUCACGGAAUCGUCGUGUUAUACGUGAAAUUAUUGUAUAAAUUCAUACAAACAUCACUCAUUCUAAAAUACACACCAUACCACAGCCACAACAAACAUUUUUAAAAUAAUUAAACAUUAAAUCAUACAUUCAUUGAUUCAUUAAUUCAUACUAUACAUUCACUUACUAUUAUGUUUUGACAUAUUUUUUUUCAAAAAUCAAAAAUAUUGUAAAUGUUUUUUGUUUUACAAAAAGAAAUCCAACUACUUAAAGGCACUUUGAUGAUAACUGAAAAUAGUUGUAAAUUAAAUCAUCAUUGUUUUUUUAAUUUUUUUAUAUAAAUAUUUAAAAAAAGAUGAAAAAAACAUUGUGCACUUAAUUGUUAUGAAUUUAGCUAAAGUGAAUUGUAAGUGGAAAAAAAAAUAAAUUAUCAUAUUUAAAUGUCCAACUAAAAUCCUACCACUUCUCCCUUAUCCCUCUCAAAAAGUAAAAAGAACAUGUUUAAAUUAUAUUUUAAAAAAAUUUGUUAAUAAAACAAAUUUUAAAAAUUAAUUAAAUACUUAAAUAAAACUAAAAUUACCCACAGAAAAAUGCAUUUGUGCAUUUGUAAUAAAGAACUCUCAUUCAAGCAACUUCAUGUUAAAUUUAAAUUAAUUUUUUAAAGAAAAAAAUUAUCUGCAUUUUGUUUUCGUUAUAAGUCUGUCCAUUUCUUUAUACAUUGUCUAUUUUAUAUUUACAUAAAAUUAUUGUAUAAGUUUGUAACGAAAAAUUAUCAACGAAUUAUGAAAAAAUUUUAUUAUUUUUGUAAUAAAUUUACUUUUUUUAAUUUUUUGAAAGUUGCCAUUUUUUAAAUAUACAUUUUACUUAAUAUUUUUUUAUUUAAAUAAUAAUAAAUAUUUUUUGUUAAUUAUAGUUUUAUAAUAUUAUUAAGUUGAUUUUUUUUUGUCCACAAUUAAAUUAAUUUACACAACAAAUAUAUGAAAAAUAGUAGAGCAAAUAUAACAGAAAACCUUUUUAUUUUCUUUAAGGUUUUUAUAUUUGCUUUGUUCUUCGAUAUCAUAUUGCCCAGUUAUUUUUUUUUUUUAAUAUAAUUAUUAAUUAAAUUAUAUGUUUAUUUUUUAAAUAUUUCAAUAAUUUUACAAAUUGAAAUAAGGUGCCGUUAUGGUUUAGUUAAUUUAAUUUUUUUUCUUUUUUUAACAAAUAUGUAUAAUUAUUAUAAAUUUUCCUAAAGAAACUGAAUUAAAAUGCAUGGAAAAUGCCAGUGGUUGAUAUGCAAAAGUGACUAACCCCAAUAAAGUUUUUUAAUAAAAAAACAAAUGUUUUAAAAGCUGUUAGUUAAUUACUUGUGUCACUAUUUACCGCUGUUAAUAUUUGCUCAAUUUUCAUUAAAGUACUUAAUAGUAAAAACAACACAAUUUCUAAAUUUUCUUAGCAUUUGUAUUUAUUCUUACGUUUUCAAUUUUAAAUAUUUUUUUUGUCAAACCGUUUGUAUGUUGUUUUGUUUUCAUAUUUUCGUCUCUUAAACUAAGUUUUUAUAUUUUUAAAUAGAAAAUAUUAUUUUGUUUUUGUUAUUAGUUAAUGUCAAGCAGCUUCCUGUUCCAUUUCCGGUUUGUUAAGUUUAAUGUUGACACUUGUAUUUUUGGGUUUCAAAGAAUUUUUUUAAACUUUAUUAUCUCAAAGAAUGUUUACUCAAGUGAAUUGGUCUAAGAGAUUGAUUUUUCUAAACUGUUCAUUCAAAAUGCUUCCAAAUUUUAGAAUCUCCCAGUAUAAAGCAACUGAUAAGUUGUACUUAUUUAAAUUUAAUUUAUUUUUAAUUAACUUUAACUAAAUUGCUUUAAAAUUUGUGCAAAAAAAAACUUAUUUCUAAUAUUUUUUAAUUAAAAAAUUCAUAAAAAUCAUCAUUAAAUAUUUGUUUACAAUUUAUGUUAAUCACUUAUGUUUUUUAAUUUAACUCUUAAACUUCCAUUAGCACUUGUUCAACGAAUUAAAUUAAAACUAUACUUGAUAAAACAACAACAAAAAAAUAAAUAAAUGAAACAACAACAAGAAAUCUCCCACAAAAUUGUUAAAAACACUAAAUAAGCGUAAAACUAAACAAAAAAAUAAAUAAAUAAAAAAUUAGUAAUAAGUUAUUUGAUUAAAACAAAACAAAAAAAUUUCUAUAUUUAAGUUAAAAAUUAUAUUUAAGUAAAAAAAAAUAAAAAACGAAAAAAACAACUAGUUAAGCCAUAAAAGAAUUUAGUUAUUAAGUUUAAUUAUCAAAUAAGUAAGA